AUAGGUGUCCACGAACUAAGGAGUAUGAGAAGGAGCGACAAGAAGAAAGCUUGCAAAGAAUAGAAACUUCUGCUCAUCCACUCAAAGGAAUAACAGUCACUGUAAGUCUUAUAUUGAAUGGUAAACAAUUGUGAAACAAGAGCUACUAGUAUAUUGUUAAUAAUGUUGGGACUGGCAAACAUAUAUGUACUGACCUACUCAUAUACAAUUAAAUUGUUUCGAUUCAUUUCACAUUUUGGGAAAUUUAAUUCAUUUUGGGGUAUUACUAGACUAAAUGGUUUUAAUGAGACUACACAAAGACAUCUUCAACUUGCAAUCAACAAUUUAUCUUGGAUAAACAAGGAAAGCAGCAAAUUUGUAAAGUGGCAAAUUCCACAGAGCAAUACACAUUUCAUCAAAACACCUCAUUUUGAACAUUUCAAGAAAGAAAUAACCAGACUGUAGUCAUGGAAACUACAUCCAAAUAAUGAAUAAACUGUGGUCAAAAAUCUCAAUUAUGGAAAAUGACAGCU